AUGGGGAAAUUACUCCGUACGACUCACUUUGAUAUCUGUGUUCCUCAGCCCAUGAUCUCGAUCCCUCGGUUAACCACAGCACCCAGGAUCCUAGCAAGUUGCUUGCCAAGCCAACUGCCAGCCUGCUCGCCCUGCCUGCAACCGAACACUCUCACCACCUCCGGAAACCAACUCCUGACAGCUCCCUCCAUCUCUCGCCCCUCGCUGGACUUCAAAGUAAAGGACAAAGACACUAUCAAGGUGGUUCUUACUGCACCAGUGAUCACACUGACGCUUGAAGAUUCUUUGAAUGCUAAAGGACUACAGGAGAGCUUUGAUAGUAGUUGCCCUGAGUCAGAAGAUGUCCGUUCCAGUUCCUCCCAUCCAUCCAGUGAUACCAUACUUCUGUCUUCUCCGGAGACCAUAAUUCAGUCUUCUCCAGAGAGAACCUCUUCUCUUCGUUCUUCACCUUGGCCAGCUCAGUUUGACAUACCUACCUUCUCCUUUGACACAGAGCUCAUUCUACAAGCUGCAAAUGAAGCUUACAGAAAGGACGGAACCUUGCUCAGCAAUCCAUCAGUAAAACCCAACAUUCUAGACAAACUUGCAGACAGCAUCUUUGUCUACACUGCUUAUCCUUCACGAGCACAAAGGGAGAAGGUUGCUGAGGCUCUGGUCAUGAAACACCCCUGUUUAAGGGACCCAGUGUCAUCAAAUGGAAUAUAUGGAUGGCAGAACAGCCUGAAAUACAAGGUUGGCAAUUUCAGAGCAAAGGUGAAGCACCUUGGAUUACCAGAACUAAAUGUAAACUGUCGGAAUAGAAUAUCAACUGCAGAUGAACCUCCAAGUAAAAGCUUGAAAAGAGCUAAGAAGUCAGAGGUAAACUAUCUCCCACCUCAUCCUAAAAGCGAAACUGAAGAAACUCUUGAAAAGGAGAGAGUAGAGCUUCUCUAUGAGUACAAGAGGAAGGACAACAACAAAAUCAUCAAUGAGAAGAUGGCGAAAACCUUUUCUCUCCGUCGAAAUGAUGUAAUCCUCAAUAAACCAGCUGUGAUUAGCUUCAAAGCUCGAUGGCCUGCCCUGUUUGAGGCUUCACAGAUUGAGGAGGAAUUCCGGAGGAUCACACUGAAGCCACUACAGUCCACAUUCCUGGGGAAGUUGGACCAAUAUACGCCCAGACUACUGAGCCUCUACAGAAGGAAGGGAGGCGCUGUUGGGAAGAAACUUGAUGAGACCCUUGACAUGUUAAAUGAGGACAACAGUAUUGAGUGCAGAAGAGAGGCUGUGAUCAGAGGUCUCAGUCUCUACCUUGGAGAAAAGACAGAAGAACUAAUCAAGGACUACAAGGUUUUUGAUGAUGACGAUGCUGCGACUGUCCAAGAGGCCCUGACUACACACGUUCUCAACAUCUUCGUGGUCAGCAAAGCCAGAGAUGAAGAUCACCCCAAGCAAGCUGGAAUAGCCAUUGAGGGAACAGAAGUCCUUUUUGGUAUCCCUGAUGUGGCACUCGCUUGUACCUACCUGAUGGGCCUUAUCUAUGCCUUGGACCUAAGGUACCCUAACAAACUAAAAUACACUUUUGAGGUUUUUCAAAAAAUCUUCCUAGAGCUGGAGGAUGUCAACCUAAAGGUGUCCUCCAAAGUCCAUGAUCUCAAGGUCAGUUUACAUGCAUAAAAAC